CGAAUCGAAUAAAAAUAAACCUAGCAUUGCUAUUAUAAGUAAAGACUGACUGUCAUCAACGAUAAUAUCUACCACUGCUGCAAGAUGGAUGGUGAAACAGCACUUUUAAAGUCCAGUGUGCCAAACGGCAAUGGGAACGGAACUGCUAUGAAGGAGAAUCAAAGCUUCAGCAAUGGUUAUACAGAAGAAGAAUACAUGAUGAGCAGACAAGAGUCUCGAGCUUAUAAACGGGAUCCAACAAACAGGGUGUUUGUGAAUCGAAGUUUGAACCUCGGAAAAAUCAAGUUCUUCGGGUUUGACAUGGAUUACACUCUUGCUGUGUAUAAGUCACCACAAUAUGAAGCAUUGGGAUUUGAUUUGGCAAGAGACAGACUCGUAGAAUGUGGAUACCCAGCAGAAUUGAAGGAAUGUGUAUAUGAUCCCAACUUCGUUGUACGUGGGCUCGUUCUUGACACACAAUAUGGGAACUUUCUGAAGAUUGAUCCAUACGGCAACAUUAUGGUCUGUGCUCAUGGAUUUCAAUUUCUUAAAGCACCGGAAAUCAUCAACCUUUAUCCGAAUAAGUUCAUAAGCAUGGACGACACAGAAAGAUAUUUUAUCUAUAACACCUUGUUCAAUCUACCUGAAAUUUAUCUAUACGCCUGCGUUGUUAACUAUUUCAGUACUGCUGCUGGAUAUGUGGUGAAAAUGAGUGGAAUUGAAAAAGAUAAUUUGAGAAUGACUUAUGCCAACAUACAUUCAGACAUCAGAAAUGCAGUUGACUAUGUGCAUAUGAAGGGAAGCCUCAAAGACAAAACUCUUGAAGACAUUGAUCGAUACGUCGUCAAAGAACCUAAACUACCAUUGCUGCUUGACAGAAUGAGAGAACACGGAAAAGUGUUGCUGAUUACUAACAGCGAUUAUAAUUAUACUAAUAAAAUCAUGGAAUACUUGUUUGAUUUUCCUCAUGGACCCGAGCAGAGUAACAAGCCUGGAACACCUCAUAGGUCAUGGGUCACGUACUUCGAUCUCAUCCUCUGUGAAGCUCGUAAACCAAAGUUUUUCGCAGAAGGAACAGUUCUAAGACAAGUUGAUCAGAAAACUGGCAAGCUAUGUCUUGGAAGUUACACAGGAUCACAUGAAGAAGGAACAAUAUAUUCUGGAGGAUCAUCAGAUGCUAUCUGUGAUCUUAUCGGUGCAAAAGGAAAAGAAAUUUUGUAUAUUGGCGAUCAUAUCUUCGGUGAUAUCUUGAAAUCCAAGAAACGCAGAGGCUGGAGGACAUUCCUUGUCAUACCAGAAAUGUCACAAGAAACGAAUGUUUGGUUGAAAAAGAAAGAUUAUUACGAUAGACUGACUGAUCUUGAUGCUCAAAUUGUUGAGAAAUACAGAAAUCUUGAUAGUGCAUCUCAUGAAAUACCGAAUAUCCAAGUUCUCCAGGAACAGGUUAAGAAAGUAGUUCAUGAGUUGGACAUGUCGUACGGUAUAUUUGGAAGUUUAUUCAGAAGUGGAUCAAGGCAAACGUUCUUUGCAAGUCAGAUGACCCGCUAUGCAGAUCUCUAUGCCUCAUCAUUCAUCAAUUUGUUCCAUUAUCCAUUUUGUUAUUUCUUCCGAGCCCCUGCUAUCUUGAUGCCUCAUGAAUCAACUAUUGAUCACCAGUCCGAAUAUCAUGAGGAAGAAGAAAGUCCGAUGGCUACAAGAGACAUCAAACAUAAAGAAACCAAAUUAUACUACAACACAGCAGUAAUAAAGAAUGAUUUCGGCGACCAGAUUCAUAAACUCGAAGAAAGUUUAUCUCGUGUGGAAUUGCCAAAAGAAAUCACUCACACUCAUGACGAAGAUGAUGAGUCGGAUGAAUAAACAUGACUAAGCAUUUUUGCGAUAAUGCCGCUAUUAAUUUUGCACUUUUUUUUUUCGAAGUUUUUUUUUCAAAUAUAUGUAUGUAUUUAGCUUUUAUAUGUGCUCAUUUGUAAUUAUAUGCUUAGAAAGAUCUGUUAUAUAUUUUAUUUUACACCUUUUGUUCAUGGCUUGGAGACAUCGGCCUGUCCAACAUUCGUUUUCUAAUAAUUGUCAAUCGGCCUGUCCAACAUUCAUUUUCUAAUAAUUGUCAAUUUUAUAUUUGGCCUAAAAUGAAUUCAAAAUAUCAGAUAUCGUGUGUAGUAUUCUUUAAUGUUUGGAUUCACCGAAUUAUACUUUAAUAUUUUUUCCGCAGGCAUCCAAAAUAAGCAAAGUUAUUAGUUGGGUUAUCAGUAAUGCAAUUGCUUUUUAAUAUUUGUUUAUCACGACCAUCUUGGCACAGCCAAAUUUUUUCGCGACCACCUGGAACAAAAUGUAAAAAGAGUAUGAUUCAAUAAUACAGAGCAUAUUAACAAAAUGAUAAUAAAAUUGACAACACCCUAUAAUGAGAUCGACGAGCUUGCAUAUUCUCGCAUAAAAAAUCGAAUCUUAGCUCUGUUUUGGUGAUGGUGGGUCUCAGUUGGUGAUGAAAAAUAUUUGACGGCGACCCACACGGGGGCCAGAACCCCAGUUUAAAUGGCCCCACAAUAGCUAAUGUGUCCCUAUUACUAGAAUUUCUACAUUAGCAGACAUUUAUACUGUUCUGCUUCUGCCCAUUGAGAAUUGCCUAUUAAAUUAUAAUCUCUUACCCUAACAGAUAUAGUAUGGUCAUUGUAUAAUAUAGAUCCUCCAUAUCAGUCAACAUUAUAGUUUGAUUUCUCUCGUCUAUUUUAUCUUAAAAUUUUAGCGAUCUGUAAUUCUUAUCUCUGAUUGCUUGCUGUUAUUUCAACAAGUAACAAUUAUAUCUUCUUGCUGAAAAUAUUUACACCUGUCAUGUUUUAUAUGACAUUUCGAGCCCAUGCAUAUGAAAACAAAUAAUUGGUCAAACCGAUCUCAUACACGACGUGGACACGUAACCGGUCUAGUCGCCGUGGUUCGCCAUAUGGAUAAGAUGUCCUAAAUUCUUUCCUCUCCUCUGGGAUAGAUAUGUAAAUCCUAUCCUUCUCUGUAUGGGGUUUUUGCAAAAAGGUUUAUAAUCAGUGCUGGGUUGCAAGUGAAUCACUGAUUUACUUAGCUCACGAGUGGUUAGGUGGUGAUGAUUCCAAGUCAUCUAAUUUUAAUGACUUGAGUUCAACUCUUGUCGGAUCAAUGGCUUGAGCCUUCACAACAAUGGUUAUAAUUGGUCGGUUAAUUUGUCAAAUCUUGAUUCUAGAAUAUGAAAUUGAGCCAACAGUCAAUAUUUAAAAUCCCUUAUAUAAUUCUAUAUGGAUUUUGAUUUUCAAUUCCAAUUUUUAAAUCAAAUUUGCUUUGAUUCAAUUUUUAAUUCAAAAAUAUGGAAUUGAUUGAAAUCCAUACACAGUUGUAUAAGUUGUGGUUUCAUCAAGAUCUUCUUGGUACUUAGUUAACAGUAAUAGUUCAUUCAAUUUGAUGUUGGAUGAUUCGCCUGCAUGUAACAUGAGUAAAUUUGCUCGAACACUGACAGGUUGUUGAGCCGAGAAACUUUAAGGAUAUUAAAAUUGUGUUUCACAUAAAAUAGUAUAAGUUGUGGAAUCACCAAGAUCAAUUAGUAUUUGUACAUAUGGUUCAUUUUAAAAUUCAUUCUUAUGACCUUUCUUGAAGCUAAUUUCUGAAAAUCGCUGGGUAUGUCUUUCACUCUACAUCUGUAUAUAAACCACAGUAUUUUAAGCUUUUUUUCAGUAAAUUUUUUUUGUGCAUUUGCAGCCAAGUUUGGCCUUUUUAGUGAGUCGCGCGCUGAAGCAGUUCGUC